GACGCGCUCAGUCGCCUUGCAGCGAGUCUUGAGUGUGCCAAGCCGCCAGGCCCACUGUUGGCUGACCCGCGCGCCGCCGUCGUAGCGCCGUCGCAGUUCCGCGAGAGCAAGGACCAGAGGGGAACCGAACCACCGCCAUGGAGAAGUCCGAGUCCGGGAUGGAGAGAUUCAAGCGGGAGCUGAUCGGCACGGAGUUCAAGGACAUGAACGCCGAGAAGUGGAGGGCCAUCGUGCGCCGCGCCCUGGGCGAGCUCUUCGCCACCGCCACGCUCGUCUUCAUCGGCUGCAUGGGGCUGGUCGGCGGGCUGUCCAAGACUCCGGACCACUUCGCCGUCGCCUUCAACUUCGGCAUCGCCGUCAUGGCGGGACUCAUUACCUUCAGCCACGUCUCCGGCGCCCACAUGAACCCCGGGCUUUCCCUCACGGCCAUGAUCCUGGGCAAGCUGUCGCUGCCCAUGUGGUUCAUCUACUCCGUGUUCCAGUGCCUCGGCGCCGUCCUGGGCUACGUCAUCCUCAUGGGCAUCACGCCGUCCAAGCACUUCGUGACCAACCCCGACAAGCCGAUGCCCAACCUGUGCUGCAACGUGCCCAACCCCCUGCUGCCCAUGAGCCAGGCGUUCUGGUCCGAGUUCGUCUUCUCGGCUCUGCUCAGCCUGCUGGCCUGCGCCGUGUGGGACAGGAGGAACCUGGACAAGCACGACUCCGUCUCCCUCCGCUUCGGCCUCGGCGUCUUCGCCAUCGCCUAUGGCGGAGUCCAGUACUCCGGCUGCAGUAUGAACCCUGCCCGUACCUUCGGCCCUGCCCUGGUCUGGAACUACUGGGACAACCACUGGCUUUACUGGGUGGCUCCCCUCCUCGCCAACAUCGUGGUCGCCACGUUCUACAGACUGGUGUUCCCGGAGCCCAAGCCCGCGCCCGUGGAGUAACCGACUUUCCUCAAGACAAAUAGAGUUCUUCGUGAUUCAUCAUACAGAUGCACUAUACUGUGAUAAGAGUACAACGCAGCCGCGCUGCCCUAUCAAAUUUCGAAUAUCGUGAAAAAAAAAAGUUUUCCCAGUACAUCCCUAAUUGAAAAAAUGUUUUACUUUGCGUGAUUGUGUUUUUCGAAAAACAUUUACAAGCUUUGAAAUACUUCUAUUUUCUUAAUGUGAACUUUAUAAUCAAGCGCUCUCUGAUGGAGUCACCCUAUACCUGCCACCAUUGCGGUAUAAUUUUAAUUGUUGUAAUUUUUAAUUAGCUGUCACCAAAGCCUUAAUGUGGAGCAUGGACGUACAUUUACUGUUCAGUGGGCUGGAUCCUCUCUGAUGGAGUGGCCAUGUUGUCGGGAGCGGUUUCUUAGGUUUCUGUUCACAAACGGCUGCCUCGAGCCGCCAGCGCGACGCAGCGUAGAAUGUUAAGUCAUACGUGCAACUCUGAAAAAAAAAAGAGUUUUGUGUCUGUAAAGCGUGAAGUCGGCAUCGGCAUGGUGGUAGCCGUGUUUGUGUGGUUUCUCCUGAUAGCUUUUCUGCUUAUUUUUUUUAGCACUGCUUCAAGAGAAAAGCUCUCCUUACAUAAAAUACGGACAAUUUAAAAUACAAGACUGAACUGUGUUGUGCAUCAAGGCGAUCAAUUACAUUUUAUUGUGUACCUUGUAGAAGCAAAUUAUGUAUAUCAAAUAACUCGUGAAAUAAACUAUUGCACAACCAAA